AUAAUGACGUAGUAAAGCGCAGUGUCUCUAAUCUGUACAUAAAGAUAAUAGACUAUAGAGGCAAUAUCAGAAUUCGCAAUAUUAUUAUUCAUAACAGCCGAUACUUAAACAGCCUUUAUACGAUAAACUAUAAUUAUUAGUUAUUAAUUAUCUCUCACCAAUCUGGUUAAGUUGAUUUUAUUAUAUUGAAAUUGAAAAAUCAAAUGAUAUUAAAAUAUAAAUCGAAAUGGAUAGCUUUCAUGUUCCAUGCAACCAAAUAAAAGAUGAAUAUCAAAAAUGUUUCAGUUCCUGGUUCACCGAAUGUUAUAUGAAGGGCGAUUAUGAUGACAAAAGGUGUGCCAAAAAAUUUGAUCAAUAUCAAAAGUGCCUUCGUGAAGGUAUGCAAGUUCAUGCUUUGGAUAUUGAAGAUGUAUUAAAACCUUACUUGGGAACCGAUCGCAUGAAGAAAUGAAGUUACAAUACAUUUUGAUGAAACAACUAAUGUGUUCAAAAAUUAUAUUAAUUUAGUAAGUACCUAGGUAUUUGUUAAUAGAUUGGAAAGUAUCUAGUUAUUCCUUAAUUUAUAAGUUUUGUUAACUUUUAGCUGUUGAGUAAUUUUGUAUAACUAGAUUAUUAGUUCUAUGUUUGUAUAAGGUAUCUUUCUAUUUGUGUUAUACUUAUAACUUACUUAUUAGAAUGUCCAACUUUUGUCAAUGUAUCUACUACAACUAAUAUGUGCAUACAGUUUUAUAAUUAACUUAGUUAUUUAAUACGAGUGCUACAUUCUUUGUACUUACACUGAGUAUAAUACAACAAAAUAUAUUCUCAGUGGUACUAAAAGUUAUGCUUUUAAGUGUAUUUUAGUUGUAUUCAAUGUUAGAUUUUUAACUAGUAAAUUUUAUUAUUACCUCAUUUUAACUAUUUAUGUGUAAGUUGCUACUAUCUAAUGCUAAUGGAAGGUAUUACAAUUUAAAAAAUAUAGUUUAAUAAGUAACUAAUAAUAGAUAAGAAAAUACUUAGCCAAUUUACUAGAAGUCUUGUAAAGAAUAACUCGCACCACCUCUGAGUUUUCUUCAAAGAAAUCAAGUAAUAUUAAAUAUUAAAACUAUUAUGCUGCUAUUACCGAUUACAUAAUGUAACAUUUUUUUAGUGAUUUUUUCACCAUAUCUGUGGUGAAAAGAUCAAUGUUUUGUAUUUGUGUUUGAUUUAUUCCUUUAGAUAAAUGACAAUAUUAUUAUUCUUUUAUUAUCUGUUUAUUGGCUCCGAAUAGACCAUACAAGGCUAACACAAAGAGGGCCCAACCUAUGUAGAUAUGUGAACAGUCUAACAUAAUAUUAUAAUAACAGUAAAUAAAUGACAUCAAAAAAAUUAUCAUCCCAUCCAAUACGAACAAAGUAUUAGGACCAAACACCAUAUACCAAAAACAUCACAAAUAUAACCUGCAGCAUAAAAACAGACUUUUAUAAUACAAUUUAUUAAACGUAGCUGUAUAAAUACAAUAAUAUGACUGCAUAUAUUGUAUAUAUAUAUUUAAUUACAUUACCGUGAAUUUAUAAGUGUUAACUAACCAAUUUUUAUAUUAUGUACCUUCUCUGAUUUAAAAUCAGAAACUUAUAAUCGCUGUUGUUGAUGUUUUUUAGUUCAAUGAAAAAAAUAAAUACUACAUCUAUUCUUU